CAGACAUUUACGAACGAACAGACAGCUGACUUUGUUGUCGGUGUUCAAUGUCAUAGUUGUAUUGUAACAUUAUUGUCAUUUUUAUUAUGACAAGACGGUAGCCGCUGUUUGCGAACUUGUGCAACGACUUUUUCACAAUCUUAAAAGUGCACGAAGUACUUGUAAUAUCAUAAAAAUCUAUUCAAAAUCUGCUGUCGAUAUUAACAAAGAAGCCAUGCGUAACGUAGAAAUAAAAGCAAAUAUAACUGACUACGAAAACAUUUGUAAAGUUGCAAAAGAGUUGAGCGGCGGCCCGCCUAAAAUAAUAAACCAAGAUGAUACAUUUUACAAUGUCCAAGAAGGUCGGUUAAAGAUGAGAAUUUAUGCCGAUUCAUCAGCUACUCUAGUGAGAUACGAUCGAGACGAUAUUGAAGGCCCAAAACUUAGUAAUUACGAAUUAUUAGACUUUACUGCAAAUGAAAGCGAAAAGGCGAAACUAUUAGAUGAAAUGCUCAAGAAGUGCUUGGGUGUCCGUGGUAGAGUCGUUAAAGAACGUAAACUCUACAUGGUCGGUCAAACCCGGGUACACAUAGACACAGUACAAGAUCUAGGCCACUUUAUGGAGCUGGAAGUGGUUCUCCGGCCAGAACAGACUUUGGAAGAGGGACAGGCUAUCGCUCAUGACCUUAGAACUAAGUUAGGAGUUAAGGAAGAAGACUUAAUUGACUGUGCCUAUGUUGAUAUGUUGCUUAAAAAGUAAUUCUUAAAUGUCUAUGUCUUUAUAAUGUUCUUUAUUUGAAUUUACUUUUUUUUGGUUGAAAGGUAGAUUUAAAUAUUUUUAUUUGUUUUUGUUUGUAUACUUUGUAAGUGCUUUUAGGCUUAAAUAAAAAAAUGAUUAAGAAUCAUUUCAUUUAGGUACUAUAAUUAAAUUAUUUUAUAGUAAAAUGGAGUUCUUUUAUAUUUAUUUAUUACAUUCCUG